AUGAGUUCCCUAUCAUUCGUCGUUAAUAAAAAAAGUAAAGAUAAAAUGUUGGAAGAAUUGGGAAUUACUGAAGGAGAUCUUCAAAAAUGUGUAGCAUUCAUGAAACAUUGGUGCGAAACGCAACCACAUCUUCCCGAAAUACCAAGUCAGACCAAAAUCGAAUUUUGUCUAAUGAAUAACGAAUUGGAUAUCGAAAGAACUAAAGCAACAUUUGAUUUGUACUAUACACUGAGGACGACCAUGCCCCAAGUCUACGGACGUGCUAAUCCCAAUACGUCUAUAAUGCAACUUUGCGUUCAAGACUGUCAAGUUGUUCUGCUACCAAAAUUGUUAGAAGACAAAUACGGAGUAAUUAUAUUUAAACUCCAAUCCCAGACGCACCAUGAGGUUGACGCUUACGCGUGGUUGAAUUCAGUACUAAAUAUUUACGAAGUUGUAAUGGAGGAAGGUGUCAUGCUCGAUACAGUAUUGAUUUUGGACAUGACCAAUUUGGGAAUGAAGCACGUAUUUAAGAUAACUCCUAAAUUUGUAUCGGACACUUUUUAUCUUAUAGAGUUUAAAUUCCACCACUCUGCACAAUCGCUAGGGGAAUAUAUUCCAAAAGAUAUGUUACCAAAUGAUUACGGAGGCAAAUAUAUAUCUAUAGAUGCGCUCCAAAAAUUGUGGAUAGAGAAACAAAAGGAGUAUCGGUAUCAUUUUGACAAAUUGGAUACAUUGAAAGUAAACGAAAGCCUUAGACCUGCCUCGAGCAAAAAGCAAGGAAACUACAACAUAUUUGAAAACUUUUCCAAAUUAUUUAAAUAG